ACCGUCCUCCAAUAAAUAUGAAUAAUAAAUGCAACGCUAUAGAAAUUGGCUUUGGGAUUCUACAUUCAGGUAAUUCUUUAGAUAACUGAUAUUUCGGAAAUACAAACUCUCGGAUAAAGGUGGCUAGAUGUAAAUAUCAGAAAGGUAGAAGUUAUUAAAAUAUUUCUUCAAUAACUUCAAGGCUCUGUGAACACGAUUACAACUGUAUUUAAACCACAUGGCUUUCGUCUAUUUACACGUUACAUCAUGAGAGGAGAGAUGCCAAGAUUUCAGAGAGACGAAGUUCCACUGGCUGGUUUAAAUUGAUAGGAACCAAUCGCUUGCACAGAUAGCGAUGAUUUACCACAGCUAAACAUGUGAAUAUUUUCUCCUCGGAAAAAACAAACAACUGUCGCGGUUCAUUACAAAUUAGAGAUGUGUAGACAAUAGAAAGACACACAUGAUGUGAUUUAUGAAAAACUCUAAUCAAACGACGCCUUGAUUGCCAUGGAAAUCAAUCUUGUACGAAAAUAGUUUAUUCUUGUGCAUUUAGGAGCACCCUACGCCGUAUUAAUCGCAUUGUGUAACAGAUAAAUUAAAGUAAAAAAUUAUCUACAGAAUGAAGUCUCUUGUGUUGCAAUUUUCUCGUUAGCGGGAUAAUGCAUUGGAACUUAUACGUUCACAGUGAUUAGAACUUCGUCAAUGAAUACCAGAUUCGUCUUAUCAUAACAUUAUUAUCAAAAAAACAACAUGGGAAUACUAAUGUUAUAUGUCUCUGUUUCAAAUUGAAACUUUGAAGAAAUAUACAAAUUGAACUUUUGAACUGUUGAUAAAUCAAGGGAAAUAAUCCAAUAAAGUGGACUGAAUUAAUCACCAUACCACAGAGACAUUCAUAUUAAGAAAUCUCGAAAAAGAGGAAUUAAUCUUCGGAGCGGAGAAAAGAUCCACCAACAUGUUAUUAAAGCCUAGAGGGAGUUAUGUUAACUCACUGUCAUCCAUCGUAUACUGUGUUAUUGCAACUCUUGCCCAGUGUUACAUAUGCUAUUCAUAUCUCGGUCCAUACGAGACAACAUUGGACGAAAAAUGGAGCGGUACAUAUCGGAGUGGAUAUGGUGUUAGACUAGGCCUUCCUAUUAUUGGAUUGUUUGUUUUACCACUUUUUAUACUCUUCAGUAUUUUUCGAGUUGGAAACUAUGCCAAUGACGGUUUCAAGAUAGGAAGAGAUCAUGCUUUAACUGCUCAAACGAACUUUUUUGGUGAUAGAUUUGAGAAAGAGCUGACUAGAAGGAUCUGGCGGAAUUUCUGCCCUUUUGCACCAACACUUCAUCUUUUUAUAGCCUUUUCUCUGAUCCUGCCAGACACUAUUUUAACCGGACUGGAUGUCAAGUAUGGCCAUCAAAAUUCUGAUGCUGUGUGGUCAAGUGAUGUCGACUUUUUGUAUUCAAAGGACAGACCAUUACUCACUGAUCAUGUAGUUCGACUUAACGCCACCCCUGCAAGCAUAAACUUAACAAUUCAUCCAUUGUAUACUACCUCAAACAAUGGCGGAUACCGACCGUCUGCAGCGUUCGUAUACUUCCUAGCAUCAUUAUCGACGUAUGCCAUCAGGUAUGCCUCCGUAUUUUGGUAUACCAAUAAAUAUCUUUCGAUUGUGUUCGUUUUUCAGCUAUUAUUCAUGAGUGUGAAUUCAAUAUUUUCGUAUAGUGGAUUUUCUAUUCUGUACAAAAUAGCUCUAAAUACGAAUUUAUAUGGAAAUAUAAAUCUUAAUCUGGGUUGCGGAAGUGUCAUUUUUCUCUUCAUAGUUUCCGGAAUUGUUUUAAUUUUGUCAUCAUUUGCCGUUUUUGAGUACGGAUUUAACAAAUAUUACGACAAAUACAAAUUAGUUGACAGAAGGCAUAAUCCACAAAUUUAUACUCGAAAAAUUUUAAAAGACAGGGGCCCGUGUAAUGGUCAUAUUGCUCACACAUUUGCCAUGAUCACUCUUGUGUUGUCGGCCAUUUUCAAAGGCCCAAUUUUAUAUGACUUGAUAUCGGUUUAUCGAGCAUCGAAAGACACCUUAGUGUUAACAGUUGUUAUUAUAGAAGUUUGCUAUUUAGUGUUCUGGAUAUUUUUAUGGACUAUCUUCACGAUCAAAGAAACCUGGCUUUUUAGAAUUUUAGAUUACGCCAAUGUUGGACAGCCUAUUUUUGUGAUAAAAAGUAACAAUCUAACACGAACGCCGUCCAUUUCAAUAGCCUCCAUUGACAUAAAGGAUCUUACACUACCAAUGGUAAAGCCAAAACGUCCCGGUUCGAUCCAAAGUAUGGAUAUAACUCCAAGUGAAAGUGGUUUUGAUGAAGGAGAAACUGCUCCGUCAACCGAAGACGAGAAGUUUGGAAUAAGUCUUCCACCUUUGAGAGAAUAUGACGAACACAUGGACCAAAAUGACGUAAUUUUACGACGGAGUCGUAAUAGACGUAGUGGCGGCCAACGUGUUACAUUUCACGAAAAUGUAAGGGGUUCGUUAAGCACUGACGCGCUGAACGAAACACAGCGCAGUAAAUCUCCCAUGUCGGAAGACUUACGAAUGAAUGUAACUGCAGAUAUACAUUCUGGCAGCAGAAAUAAGUAUGUACGUAGGAGCUCGGAUCCAGAUGCUAAACGUUUGCGGAAUAAUAGACAUAACUGUAAUUCAGUACCGCGUCAAAAUGGUGCAACUGAUAAGCAGUUUAAUCAUGAACUCGCAGAUUAUAUAGCAAAUAUAAAAGAAAUCACACAAAAUCAUAGAGAAACUUCCGCAGAUGACGGCGAAAAAUGUGAAAUUGAAGUUGACUAUUUAUCGCCUAACCGCAAUAGGCCCGAGAGACGUCCUAGAACUCCACAAGGGUCAACACCUGAAAAAGUGAUACUUCGACAUAGUGGUCCUAAAAAUUCGCGCGAACAGACGCCCGAAAAAAUAUUGAAUAAGAAUCUUGUAAAUAAAUGUAACCGAAAUUCAGACCCAGAAACUACUAAAAACAAUAUAGCAGAAGAACUGGCCAACAACAAAAAUUUACAAAAAGCCAAAAAGGGUGAACUUAUUUCAAAUGAGGACAAGCAAAUACAAAAACAAAAUAACGAUUUUUUCACAAGGAGUGAGAAACCAGAUAUAGUGCCGAAUGAAAACAGAGGUCAAGUUUACCCACGUCCGAUAAAAUUUGUACCAAGAAAGCAAGAAAAUAUCCGAAGAGAUUCGGCUAACUAUUCACAAACGUCAUCACAGGACAACUCAUCGAACGACUCAUCGGAGCAGACGACUUUGUACAGUCAAGAAGAACAAAAGAAAUAACAGUAAAGAAUCUAGGAUUUUUUAAAUGAAAGUUUGACUUUUAUAUUUUUGCUGUUUGGAUUUGGCUAAAUAAAAUAUUUAUUCAGAGUCA